CAAACACAUAUAACAAACCCAUCUCAACCUCUCCCUUCUCUAAGAAGUUUUCUCUACAUCCACAAGAAAAUUUAAUCCCAACAAAACACAUAGACAAUUGUAAGGUAUGGAUCUUGAGUUACUACAAGAUUUGUCCAAAUUCAAUUUCCCAGCACCCAUCAAGAUCCGAUCCAAAACCUCAAAAGCAAAGAACGAGGAAGGUGAUGAUGACGAGGAUGUCCUCAGCUGUAGUACACCGACAUCCCAAGAACACAAGAUUCCCUCCGUCGUAGACUCUCCACCUCCUGCGCCACGAAAACCCCGGCAACCACCGUCAGCACCGUCGGCUACGGCUUCUCGGAUGAUCAGAUCGAUCUCUUGCAAGAGGAAGCUUUUAGUCUCGACUUGUGAGAUUGUCAUGAAUCGGGAAGAGAUUGACCGUUUCUUCUCCUCCGUAUACAAUGAGACGUCGACGACGGCGAAACGGCGGAGGAGUUAUCCUUAUUGUGCUCCCAGAUGAGGCUUAAUUCAAUAUUUACAUUUUUUUUUUUACAGUUUUACUAGAACUAUUGUGAAAUUAUAUGCUGGUGAUCGAUUUUAUUGUUUUUAAUUUACUUAAUUAUGAAAUUGGAUGGAUAAUUUUCUGCAACCGCAUAUUAAUUUCGCAUAUGGAGGGGUCGAUGUUUGUAAAUUCAAUAAUAAAUGAAAUUUAAUUCCAAUUGCCAA